AUGGCAUAUUGGAAACGUUUCAUCAUGUGCUUGGCGCAUCGCGCCUGGAACCUUUCUGUGGAGGUCCCCAAGGAGAUUUCAGGCGAGCAGUUUCCCCCACAUAAGCUUUACAUUGCCAUUAUGUACCUCGUCGACUUGUCGACAGUCUUCAGCGUGCUUCAGCAGUCCAUUUUCGGCGACCCCGGUGACGCUAUGGACAUCCGAUUCAUCGGUCUCCUGCUUAGCUGUCAGAUUUUCAGCACCAACCGCGCCAAGACCGACGCCACCAAGAGCGAGGUCUUCAACGAGCGAGCGCCAGGUCACCUCUCCCCGCGGCACUCGCCAAGGGGUUCUCAGAAGCCGUCUAUCACCCAUGCUCCCACUUUGGGCCGUGGUUCGGACUUGACGCAGUCCCUGUUGAGCUUCGUCAAGGCACACUUGAGCCUCUGGUUGCAGAUUGCAAGCUUGUCCUUGCAGUCUGAACCAGCCAACAUCAGUGUUGAGGAGUUCGACAUCCUCGGCCUUGCUCUCUGCUGUGGGAGCUCGAAAUCCCAGCCACUGUUUCGGCUCUCCGAGGCUGUGCCCGAGCUCACCUCCAGGUCUUCGAUGCCUGCAGCAGAGUUGCGGAAAGCUGUGCAGAAGCUCCUUUGCUGGAAUGAAGACACUUACACGACAGAGGUAGCCAAAGAUGGCCUCGAACCUCGAGCGAAGACGCUCAACAUCAGCAACAUUCACAAGAAUGUUUGGUUUCACCGGCCACACAACGCCGAGAUCGAAUAUCUGAACAUCACGGAUUGCAAAGAUAGCACCAUUUAUGUGACAGCCCGGCUUCGCUACUGCCUCAUCUCCGGCUGUGAGGGGACCACCAUGAUUCUUGGCGGAGUGUCCACAAUUUGCACUACGCACAACUGCGAGAAGGUCAAUGUUCAUGUAGCAGCGCACUGCUACAAGAUGGAGAACUGCAUUGAUACUUCCGCUUACGUCUAUUGUCACAUCCCGCCGAUAAUCACAGGCGACACCAGAGGCAUUCAGCUGGCGCCGUACAACGUGCUGCACUCACACAUGGCCUCAGUCCUCCAUGGUUCGCAAAUGACCCUGGAGAAGGACUACGUGGACGUUUGGGCACAUCCGAUUUGCUGCACCGCUGGCAUGGUAGAGACGUUGUCCUCGCGCGCGGGCACGCCGCUGGAGGAGCAGAACACCACGUACCACUUCGUCCAUCCCAGCAAAUUCUUCCCGGUCGUCGUUCCAGAGUCCCACGGUCGCAGCGCACCGCCGCAGCUGUUGUUGCCGGAGGUCUACGACAAAGCCAUGAAGGAGCAGCAGGAUGAGGUCCGCCGGCUCAUGGGUCGCCUACGAAGCAUGCCCAAUGAGGUGGCGCAGAAGAAGGCUCAGGAAACAAUCCACAGCCACUUCAAGGACUGGCUGCAGUCGACUGGCAAAGUGAGGCAGCUGUCCGACCUUGCACGCUGCUCCCAGCAGUUUCAGCAGAGGCUUUGA